ACACAGCGGAAGACACCACUUCCUCAAAAAGACACAACAGACUCGUCGCAAACACCUCCAACUGCACGACGCAGGUAAACACACUCACACACGGCUGUACGUCUGUGUCUGUCCGUGCUCUCCUGUCAUCAGGAUGGAGGCGUUCAGCUCGAAGGACAUGGCCAUGAAGGCCCAGAAGAAGAUCCUCAGUCACAUGGCCAGUAAGUCGGUGGCUCAUAUGUUCAUAGAUGACAACAGCAGCGAGGUUCUGGACGAGCUUUACCGCGUCUCCAAAGAGCACACAGGGAACCGCAAUGAGGCCCAGAAGGUGGUGAAGAACAUGAUCAAGAUCGCGGUGAAGGUGGGGGUUCUGUUCCGACAUGACAAGUUCAGUGCGGAUGAGCUGAGUGUGGCGCAGGACUUCAGGAAAAAACUCCAUAACGGAGCCAUGACGGCCAUCAGCUUCCAGGAGGUGGAGUUCACCUUUGAUAAGAACGUGAUGAUGGAGCUGCUAGGCGAGUGUCGUGAUUUACUGCUGAAGCUGGUGGAGAAACACCUGACCCCCAAAUCUCUGGAUCGCAUCAGACACGUGUUCAACCACUACUCGGACCCGGAGCUCCUCACGCACCUGUACGACCCUCACGGCACGCUGUGGCCCAACCUCAGCAAGAUCUGCAGCGGCCUGAACCGCAUGAUCGAAGAGGGCAAGCUCUGAACACACAGAGAGACGCGCUGGACUGAAAGACUGGACUUCAGAGCUUCUGUACCUGUGCUCACAGAGACACUGAGCUCAGGGACGCAGUGAGACGCUCAGGCCUGGACGCAUCUCUCAUGUCUGAUUGGGAGAUUCUCACUAAACAUGUCAAGAACACAUGCAGCUCAUACACACAAAAUCAAAAGGAAGAUUUAAAGGGACAGUCCACCCAAAAAUCAUCAUUCUGUCAUUGUUUACUGACCUCAUGUCAAUGAACAACAACGUUCUCAGAAUGUUCUAGAAAGUUUCCCUCAAAGUUAUGAACGUUCUUCCAGUAACUUUAUUUCAAAGUUAUGGUCUGUAAUAACACUUGAUGUUUUGAUUGUUCAGAAAACAUUUACCUAAUGGGAAUGUUUGCUAAAUGUCCUUAGAACAUAUUUUUGUUAGCUGGGUUUCUUCUGUGGAACUCCAGGAAACAAAUUGGGUCCAAUAAAAUACAUUUAAUGUUCCACAGUCAUACAGUAUUGGAACAAAUAAAUGAUGACAGAAUAAUAAUUUUUUGGGUGUACUAUCGCUUUAAAAAAAAUGCUUUGCAUAAAGAAAGUUAAUCAAUUUCAUUUCAAUUAAGUUUUUGCAUUUUUACAUUCAUUUCACCCAUAAAUACUAACACACUGGAUUUUAUGUACAGUUCCACGGUGUUUAACAGUAAAUGAAUUCAUUACGGUUUUCAUGUUUCGGUGUAUUUUGCGGAAAAGCAACAGUUGAAAAAAAGACUGAAGCAUCUGACCUGAAUAAAAUUUUUAAUAAUAAAGUACACUUUUAUUGUGUUUCACACAUC